GGAGUUUCUUCUAUCCCUUACAAAGAACCUGAGUCACCACCCACUGCUACACCUCCUUUUCAAAACGCCCACCUCAAAUUGUUGGCCUGUCGCCGUGUUUUGUUUUUCUUGUGCUGCUUCUUCUGUUUUUCGGCUUGGGGGGAAAGUGGCGAGUUUUUCUUCUUCUAUUUAAUUUUGUUUUAUUUUUUGUUGUUGCCCGCUCUUGUUGUAUUUUGUGUAGGUGUAUUGACUUAAAGUUUUUUAUACUUCUUUGCCUUUUGUCUUUCAGUUCUAGGUUCAAUUUCUGUUUCUUAGUUAUGCCUCUUCUUCUUUUUCUUGGUCCUGGCCAUGUUGUUGUCUUUGGCUUUGUUGGUUGAAGGAAACGCCUUCGAAACAUUUCAGUGUUUGUCCUUCGGAUGGUUAGUUUCAGGAAUUUCACCAAGUUUGUUCGGGGCGGUUUCCAUUCUUAUAUUAUUUCUCUUUGUUUUUUUCGUUUAACUUUUAGGUCAUACUUUUAGCAAUGUUCUUAUUCGUCAAGCAUUUUCCUUCAAACAUAUUAUAGUCUCAGAUCCGAAAUUUUCUUGCAUUCGGAUAUGUGUGUUUCAAAAUCUUCAGUAACUAAAUAUUUUUAUUGUUCGUAGUGAAACAAGGAAAUAGAAGACCCUGAAAAAAUGAAUAAGCUAACUAAAGAAUGGUCAAUGUCUCGUCUUUGUAGACCAAAGGAUAAUCUUACCACAGUGGCUGGAAAAAGGCCACGCUUUGUACCAUCUUGCGAACUAGAGUGCUCUCCGGUAAAUAUGGCCUGUCUGAUUGGCUGGGAAUAUGCACGGAUUUGGCUGCGGGAUCGCGACAAAUUCGUCAAAGAACGUAAUCGUGCAGUUAAAGCUAAAUUUAUCAAAAACGACUUCGAGUGGUGGUUAAAGCUGCGCAAAACCUCCAAGAAGUUCUGCAAAGUUGAGGGCUAAACCGUGACCUUAUCUUUAUAAAAAUAUAUAUUAUUGGCAUAUCUCGGCUAAAUUUUUAUUUAAUAAGAAAAACAAAAUAUA